AUGUUUUGUCCAUCCGGUCUUUUAGCCUCGCAGCUUUCCCCACGAGGUCUUUCUUCAGUGGAAUCUACUGCCGAAUCAUUCAAAUCAUGGGACACUUGCAUGGCCAACCAUACCUGCAAGAUCGUCGCCAUCGUCCUCAUCGUUAUUGCCUGUCUCUUAGUGUUUUGGGUGAUAAGCAGUAUAGUUAAUUGUCUUUGUUGUGGUGUCACUUGUAUUUCAUCCUUCUGCUGCUGUCUUUCGAAGGCCGGUUCUUGCUGCUGUGGUGGUGGCUCUAACAAGAAUGCUCAACAAGGUUACCAACCUCCAGGCGCUCCAAUGUAUAAUACUGCUCCAAUGUAUAAUCCUGCCCCGAUGUACAAUGCCCCUCCAAGCUACAACCGUUAUAACUCUCCAGACAAUUAUGGUUAUGCGAAAGAGGUCCCUGAGUUGCUCGCAGCUCCCCUUCCUUCUCAAGCCUUCUCAAAACCUAAAUCAUCAAGCGUUUCUGCUCUGCAAAACAGUAAGCCGUACGGUGCGUCUAAUAAUCCAUUUGAUGAAGAGAUUCCAAUGCAAAACCUUAAGGGAUCUGGUACACAAACUGCUCAAGAUGAUGGGAUCAAUGAGUUACCUGCUUCAGUUAUUGCUGCUAACGCUAACGCUUACAAUGUGUCACAAGGUGGAGUGAACCCAAAGAAGACAGGAGUAAUAAGAGAAAGUGUGAAUAUUGAUGAUGAAACCGGAAAUAAUUCACAAGGCCUUUAUGGAAACACCACUGGUGGUUACAUUAAUAGUGACUAUGGCAAUACCCAAGGUUACGGUUAUACCCUGAACAAUGCUCAAGGUACCGGCUAUGGCCAGCAAUAUGCUCAAAAUACUGGUUACAAUUAUACCAACAAUUCUGAUUACGGUGGACAACCUGCCAGUUAUGGUGGUACCGCCCCUGCUUCUGGUUACUCUGUAAUCCAUGAUGCGUACACAGGGAGUUCUAAUAACCCAACUUCAUCAAACUUUGCCAAUAAUAGACCAACCGCGGCUCCUUUGAAUGACAGCUAUAGAGGAAUCACAGAUACCAACCCGACCACUUAUAUUGGUGGAGAAGUUGGAAGCAACAAUCAGAGUAAUCAAGGCAUUGGCUCUGCUACAAAACGCGCCUCGACCGCUCCUUAUCCUACCGAUCACCCAUUCGACAUGUUGAAUAAUAGAAAUUAUUAG